CACGGCGGCCUGAUGGCGCUAGUGCGCCGCAUACUAGGCGACGCCCAGGCGAAACUCCGCAAGAUGGUGGACGAGCAAGUGUCGGUGGGCGCUCGGGUGGAAGCGGAGGAACCCGAGCCAGCCGACCCGCUCAUCACACCGGCGAGCUCAGCACUCGACAGGUCCGACCUGGACCCUCGGCCAAUACCGCCCGAACGCCGGCUGCUCAUCGGCACACUUGAUAAGAGAAAUGGUUCACUCAACGGGGAUAAAGAAGGGACCCUCAACAGAACUCGACUUUCUCUCAGGAAUGGAAAGGAUAAUCCUUUCGUAGAUGACGACAAUAAAGAAAACCAAGCAAACGGCAAACUAGAAUCUCCGGUGCGAUGGUCAACACAAAACGGAAGCGACAGCGGCACGUACGCGGAAAUUGGCACUGGUGGGAACAGUAACACCAGCGAGAGAAACGUGCUAGAUCCAGCAGAUAGUUCUGAAGAGGAGGUGCCUUUACCUGACGCUACAUCACCCGGCAGGAGUAGCGAAGGUCCUGAACCACGAGCUGAUAUUACGGCGUCUCUUGAUGGAGGUGCAGCGUCGCCGGGUGGGAGAUCGGACCUGUCGCGUCAGGACGAAGUGUCGGCUUCGCCAGGGAUGCUCACUGCGGCCCAGCUCGCCAGGAGAUUGCGGCUUGAAAAUGAGCGGUUACAGGCUGAGCUAACUCGAGUGCGUAGACUCUUGGUUGCGGCUGCAGAAAGGGGCGAGACCGGCAAUACACUACUAGAGAGAGCCAAAGGAGAGGGCAGUCAGGAAGUCUCACCGGCACCAUUGGACCCGCAGCAAUUGGAAAAAGAGUUGCUUCUCGCCCGAGAAGCUAUCAACUCAUUGAAAGCUGACAAGAAGAGACUAAAGGCAGAAAAGUUUGAUUUGUUAAAUCAAAUGAAGCAACUGUAUGCCACACUCGAAGACAAGGAGAAGGAGCUACGUGACUUCAUUAGGAAUUACGAACAGAUGCGUUCAAGAGGAGGAUCAUCGUCAGCUUUAGGAGCGGAAAGAGCAGAGCGCGAGCGCGAAAGAGCCGCGCUGUUGCGUCACGCACGGGACGAGGCUGAACGAUCGCUUCAACUGGCUGCUGCUUUGAGUGCUCGAGACACGCAACUUCGCCAUGCAAGGGAGCAGCUGUUUGAGGCGCGCAGGCAACUCCAAGCGGCCGGGUGCCUGUCGGAGGGAGAGAGCGUGGCCUCCCUUGGAAUCGGGCCACCAAUGAUGCUCGGGGGACCCUCAGGUCUCAUCGGAGAUCGGGGCAGCUGUAGCGCCGACUCCGGCGUCAGAGUGACAGGUAGCAGCGAUGGCGGGGCCACUUCGGUUUGUGGCGGAAAUUUGUCAGACUCGACAGCAGAAGGCGGACCGCCGACUUUGGACGCUUACGACACCGACGCCGCUUCUCUCGUGUCUUCAGCUCAUCAUAUUUAUCAGCUGAGUACACCGAGAGACUGCAGUCCUACUUUGUCACCACAUAACAGUGGUUCGCCUUUUACGAGGUCUAUCGAUGCAGGAUCACUUUCGAGAUCAGUGGAACAGCUAUCGAGCCCGGGAGAAUGCGAGGCGGCGUUGGUGGGAGGUCUGAGGUCCCGGGCGGGUGGCAAGGCGGGCCGUGGGCGCGGCUCUGCAUGGGGGUCCAUUUCUCGCGUGUUCGCCCGCAGCAGGCACCGCACUAAGUCUGGCAACGCUACCAGUGGCCAUGAAAGUGAACCAGUGUACGCCGGUACGGGCAGUACCCGCGCGUGGUCGCCUCUCGGUAGCGAGGCCGCUCUUCGUGAAGCAGCUUCCUUACCACUCGCUCGAUGGCGGGCACCUGCCAUCAUAGCUUGGUUGGAGCUGGCCUUGGGCAUGCCGCAGUACGCCGCUGCUGUUGCUGACAAUGUUAAGAGUGGAAAGAUCCGUGUGUUGAAUGGGCAGGUUCUGCUCGAGUUGACGGAUGCAGAUCUGGAGGUGGGGCUGGGCAUCUCGCAGCCGAUGCAUCGCAAGAAACUUCGCCUUGCCAUCGAGGAGCGUCGCCGACCGGACCUAGUGCGCAACCCUAGCAUUGGCCAAUUGACUCACGCCUGGGUCGCCGCCGAAUGGCUACCCGACUUAGGGCUGUCACAGUACGCGGAGUCGUUCCUGGCGAACCUGGUUGAUGCACGAAUGCUGGACACGAUCAGCAAGAAGGAACUGGAGAAAUAUCUCGGUGUAACGCGCAAGUUCCAUCAGGCCUCCAUCGUGCAUGGCAUACACUUGCUCAGGAUUAUGAAGUAUGAUAGACAGGCUUUAGCCGUGCGCCGUCAUCAGUGUGAAAAUGUGGACGCUGAUCCUCUAGUCUGGACAAACCAACGGUUCAUGCGGUGGGCCCACAAUAUUGACUUAGGCGAAUUCGCUGACAAUCUUAAAGACAGCGGAGUUCACGGAGGUCUAGUAGUUCUGGAACCUUCUUUUACCGGAGAAACAAUGGCCACAGCUCUGGGCAUUCCUCCAUCCAAAAGUAUUAUUCGAAGGCAUCUAGUCGCCGAGUUCGAUGCUCUUAUAAUACCGGCUAGGAAUAUGUUUGGCCAUCAAAUAAGGAUGUUGGGGAGACCAUUUUCGAGAUCCGUUGCUACGGGGUUGCCGGGUAUCGACUUCAGUGCAGAUUCGAGAAGACACAGUUUAAGAGGAUCAAUAACGCGAGCACUGGGGGUGUUAAAACCAAAACAAGAUCGCACAUCGCCAUCUAGUUCAAGCGAAAGCUCCAGCGUCCUGAGUUUGACAACGCAACCUUAUCAAAUGUCAUACUCGCCCCCCAUCGGCAUGAGAACUCUAUCUCAGCUCAGUAUGACAUACGCCCCACCGCCAACGUUACAGGAAUAUGAACCUAUCUAUACGCCAUUGAGCCUGUACUCCCAGUCUAGCGUAUCAACGAGGGAUAGCCUUCAGAGAUUGAAUGAUAUUAAGGAGAAUACUGGUAUCACUCAUAGGUAUGGUCAGAAGGCAGAUACGCAUGCACACAGAGUGAGCUCUCCUUUACCCGCUCAGUCUCUUGACGACUCAUCCAUCAAACAGAAGCGCCAUCGUCGCGUUAAAAGCAUCGGAGACAUCAAUGCGUGCACCAAAGCCUCAGUGUAUGAACACUAAAGGCUGACGGUUUAGAUUGAUCUUUACCAUGAUAGGCCACUUUACAUUACUGCUUUACGGAAUGGAAGCUAAUUAUUGUAACCAACUUUAUGUCAAUUGCGUAACGCGCAAACGUAUAAUAAAGUUCAUUAUGCUAUGUAUAAUUUUGUUACAAAAGUUCGCUUCCGUUCCGUUCCGCGGCACUGUAAAUAGAGCUUUACGGCAUUUAGAAGAAAUAAAUCCUUCUAGCAGGUACUUUGAUGUCAAAAGUCAACAAUAGCUUAACCAUAGCAGGAUCGAAAGGUAAUUUGUCAAUCUUCACUCUUUUUGGGAUAAAAACUAGCCAUUUCGACUUGACAAUCAGAAUCUCCGUACAAAAUCGCAUAUCAGAAACAGACUUCAAUCAUAAUCAAUAGCUUAUACUUAAACUACGGUAUCAAACAAGGCUGCCACUUGAAAAACUUACGCUUUCAUAUUUAAGCAAGUAUAGGUACGAACUAAGUGUGUUAUGCGUAUAGUCAUUAAUAUCUAUGCAGUAUUGUUAAUAAUCAUAGUUACCAGCUGUGUAUUGGUUUUUCAAUGUGGUAGUGUUGGUUGCUUUAUUUUCCAUAGCAUAGAUAUGUUGGUGGCACCGUACCUCACUUACUUUUUGUUGGUUUAUGAUGGUAGCCUAGUUUUACUGAGCGCUUAUGUUAAACUAAUUUUACAAAUGUAAAGUAUUGAUGUUCUUUUCGAUGUUAAUUCAUUUGUAAAGAACGAGACAAUUUAAAUUAUGACGUCACAUUUAGACCAUCGUCUAUGGCGUUAUUUUCAUACCUAAAAUAUCGUUUGGAGCAUAGUGUUGAACUUGUAUAUCGACCGCGCCAAGUUGAAAGCGUAUAUGCAUAAUACUUCUAUAAUAAGACAAUUAGGGUAACUUCAUACAAACAUAGCAUUGCGGCUUGUAUGUGUGCAAGUCUACCGUGUGCUGUGUACACUC